CCAGUUGAUAGGCUUAAACACUAUCUCCUGGCUCGAAACGUCAUCCGACUACCAAUCGCUCGCACCUUUCUUUCAUUAACUCAACAACACACUUCUGGGCUGUAAUUUUAUCAAAAUUUCAGUUGACCAUGUCCGGCACUUGGUUCAAAUGGACUGCUCUUCCCGGGCGGCCCAGAACCGUCGUCCUAAAAACUAAUGGAAGGAUUCUACGGCUUUUGGACGAUGCCGUGGUUCGAUUUCGCCAGCCGUUUUUCGAAUCUUGGCGGCGUCGCAGGCGCUUUGAAGACCACGAAAAGAGAGAUGUCCCAGUACGACAGCAGGUUCCAAGAAUACGGCACAAUCGCUUUCCAGCGACUAAGGAAAAUCCUAGUCACCAAAAGCCCGAAGUUCUGCCUAGAAAGGGUGAAGUGCUUGUUCCCAUUCGCAUUCAGCCACCACGGAAUUCAAUGGGUUUCCCAGUAAGAAGAUUCUUUAGCAGCUCCUCUAAUGAUGGAGGUUCUGGCGAACCACCGGAAAAUCGUGAAGGAAAGCUUAUUAAGUUUACAGUGGGCUCUCGUAUAGAAAAACCGAAGACGGGCAAGAUUGAAGUAUCCAAAAAAGGACCUUUGGGUUUUGAAACAACUAAGCUACCAGAUCAAGAGUCGCAGUCCGAUUGCUUAUCAGGAUUAUCUAAAAAGACUUCAGACAAGGAUACAAAUUCAGACACCAGUACCACAAAGGCUUCUUAUCAAUCGGGAAUAUACGGGAAUGAAGAUGAUAUGCCCAGAUCCUACUCAGAAUACAUCAGCGUAACAGGUGUAGAGCAGUGGGAACCCAAAACUCCUUCAUGUGUUCAUUCCCAGCAACCCGAAAUAUGCCAAAGUGCUAGUAACCCACCAACGGGAGGGAAACCACCCACCAAACCUCCAACUGGACCUAGUACCCCGUCAGGACCCAGCAAUCCUUCAAGACCACCGUUUAGAAAGAAUAAUCCAUUUAGCGGAACGGGAACCCAACCGCCUAAGAAACCAACUUUGGGAAGUAAACCUCCUGGUAAAGAUCCAUUAAGAAGUACUUCCACUCCAAAACCACCAACGAAAUCCAGUAAGCCUCCUAGUAAACCACCAGCAGGAACAGAGAAAAAGUCAGCCAGUAAACCACCGACUUUAAGUAAGCCUCCUGGUAAAUCUCCACCCUCGGGACCCUCGGCACCAACAGGAGGUCAAGGUCAGAAGGGUGGAGCUGGAGGUAAGUCUGCAGGUGGACCGCGGGUCAUAACCCUCAUGCCUGGCGAUGGCAUCGGACCGGAGAUCUCGAUGGCAGUCAUAAAGAUCCUCGAGGCCGCAAAAGCACCACUGAUCUUCGAGCCCGUAGACGUGACCCCAGUGAUGAAUAGCCUGGGUCAGACAUCGGUGCCCGAGCAGGUCAUCGAGAGUAUGAACCGAACGAAAGUUGGUCUCAAGGGUCCACUGAUGACGCCCGUGGGCACUGGCUUCCGCUCCCUGAAUCUAACCCUGCGCCAGCUGUUCAACCUAUACGCCAACAUCCGCCCGUGCCGAUCUCUGCCAGGCGUGGAAACCGUUUACGGCGAUGUGGACAUUGUGACCAUUCGCGAGAACACCGAGGGUGAGUACUCGGGCAUCGAGCACACCCUGGUCAACGGAGUGGUGCAGAGCAUCAAGCUGAUCACACGGAAUGCCUCGCUCCGUGUGGCCGAGUACACCUUCCAGUACGCCCUGGCUAUGAAGCGGAAAAAGGUUACGGCCGUGGCCGAAUCCGCUGUGAUGAGGAUGUCGGAUGGUCUAUUCCUGCAGUGCGUCCGGGAAAUGGCAGCCAAGUAUAAGAGCAAAAUGGACCAGGCGGGCAUCAAAUACGAGGAGUCAACCAUGACCACCGUCUGCCUGAAUAUCGUCCAGGAUCCCAAGCGAUACGACAUGCUGGUGCUGCCCAAUCUGUACGGGGAUAUCAUCUCGGACACCUGCGCCGGAUUGAUUGGUGGAUUGGGUCUGACGCCGUCGGGUAAUGUGGGCACGAAUGGCGCCAUUUUUGAGUCGGUUCACGGAACUGCUCCGGAUAUUGCUGGCAAGGAUCUGGCCAACCCGACUGCUCUGCUGCUCUCCUCCAUUAUGAUGCUGCACUACAUUGGAUUGCAUGAGCAUGGGGACAAAAUAGAGAAGGCAGUGCUGAAGACCAUCAGGGAUGAUAAUGUCCGCACUAUGGAUCUGGGCGGCAAGGCCAAGUGCUCCGAGUUCACCGAAGCCCUGAUAAAGAACCUCAAGUGAUCGAGUUAACUGCUGAUAACUGCAAUUCUCUUUUAACCAUUAACUGAAUGUAAAACUUAAUUAAAGUUCAUGCGGUCCUUGUAA